AGAUAGUCCAGGCGUCCAUAGCGGAUAGUGGGCGCCAAUGGUGGAAGGUACUACAUCCCCCAGCGGCGCCCGCCUAGCCGCCCAUGCGCAGUGGGGGCAAGGUUGAUGUUGGGGGCCGUGGCCUGUCGGGCGGAGCUGCUCCCGGAGUCACGAGUGAUUUUGCUGUUGGUUUCUUCCCUCACAGUUGUGUGUUUUGUUUUUAUUUUGUGUACCUCCCGACAUUAAUUUACUAUUUCUGUGAAAGUUUAAUUUCCGUUUUUGCGAUCCCUGCGUUGGUUUUUUUUGGGCAUUUUUUUAAAUUAAAAAAAGCAUGAGCGAUAACGAUGACAUCGAGGUCGAAAGCGACGAAGAACAGCCGAGGUUUCAGACAGCGGCAGAUAAAAGAGCACACCACAAUGCUUUGGAGCGCAAACGCAGGGAUCACAUCAAAGACAGCUUUCAUAGUUUACGUGACUCUGUACCAUCACUCCAGGGUGAAAAGGCAUCCCGUGCCCAAAUCUUAGAUAAAGCCACAGAGUAUAUUCAGUAUAUGAGGCGGAAAAAUCACACACAUCAGCAGGACAUCGAUGACCUGAAGCGACAGAAUACUCUGCUUGAGCAGCAAGUACGUGCACUGGAAAAGGCACGGGCAGCUGCCCAGCUACAGGCCAAUUUUUCAUCCUCCGACAGCAGCUUAUACACCAAUCCCAAGGGCAGUGCAGUUUCUGCCUUUGACGGAGGCUCUGAUUCAACAUCAGAGUCAGAAACGGAAGAACCCCAGACAAGGAAGAAGCUGCGAAUGGAGGCAUGCUGAACCCCUUCAGGCAAUAAACUGGCUGGCUUUUACUAGGGAUUUUUGUGUAUAGCUUUACUUCUCAGUUUGUCUUCUGUCAGACCCCUUUGUGCGUUAAGGAUUAGAACAAUUGAUGCUGUUAGCAGGACAGCAUCUUGUUUCAUCAGUAGAAGGACUUCCUGCUCUUCCUUGUGAAAUUACAACAUGGCAGCUGUCAAACUUAUUAAGGAACUCCACAUGCUGCAACAGGAACUUUGCAGCAGUUCUUGACUUAUUUACUAGCUGUGGCACCCAAUUUGGACGUGCGGUGGGUGGGGGGGGUGGGAUCUAGAUUUGAAUGUGUUAUUAAAAGACUAAGGAAGCAAGGCACAAGUUAUUUGAUGCACUAUCAAUCUGUAUGUAUGUCUAUUACAAACUGUUAGCCAUGUAGAACUAAUCUUGAAUUUUUUUUGAGAUUUUUUGCUCUUAUUCAUUUUAAUUAUGAAACAGAAAUUCAUUGUCACUUGGUAUUAAAGAGCCGUAGACUUCAAAACUGUACACUUAAGAUGAGUUUUAUUUUUCGUAUUUCCUCAGUGUUUUACAGAUUUUAAAAACUCAAAUAUUCUGUGCCUUGUAUUGCUUUUAUGUAACCCUAUGAAAUGAUGGAACAGCUUAAGUGCCCUAAAGCUAUGCUUAAUGGUACUGAAAUAUCUGCAGUCGAUACAUCCAAACUGGGUAUGUUAAGUUUAAAUGUUUUAGCAGGAACCAAAAUAAUUGUAUUUAAGCCUCAGUCUGCAUAAUACAAUGUACAAAAUUAAAUUGAUUUACAAUACUGCUAAUUAUUGAUGUCUGAACAAUCAGCUGGCUGCCAAGCACUAUUCAGGCUGUGUUUUGGGGGGGGGGUGGGGGGGGAGGUGUGUACAUUUGUCUGUCUCUGCAUUUUCAAUUAUUGGUCAAAGCUUAAACUAGCUUGUAGCAUUAUGUAGAUUUGUCUCGUUAUUUGAUUCCAUUCCAUGGAAAUUACAGGUAUGUUGUACAUACUGCCACGAAUUGUCUUGCAAGUUGAGGCUGACCUUUACUAUGAGACUAUAAAUAAAAACUAUUUUAUCCUUGUUA